CUCGUCCUCUGUCUUCUGAUACAACUCAUUUCCUUUAUCGUUAGACAGCCGGUGGGCGGUGGCUUAUCUUGUUUCAAUCAAUCCGUCCUCUGUUUCUCUGCCACCAAAUCCAUGGAGACCCGUAAAAAACGACGAAUCCGUCCACGAGCAAAUCCUCCCAUCAGCAAGCUUGGAGACGAUGCCCUGAUAGAAAUUCUGAUUCGCCUCCCCAACCCUCGAUACGCCUGCCGCUGCAAAUCUGUUUGCAAGCGCUGGAGGUCCCUGAUGUCGAGCCCCGCCUUCAAUCGCGGUUUCGCUUCUCACUACCAGGAUAUGACGAUCGUGAAGAAACUACCGCCACCUCCGCCUAUUCCCUCUGACGACCCGCUUUCGAAAUCAUCGAUCAUCAUGAGCUUCCUUCCUCAAGAUCCUUUGGACAAUUGAUCAGAACUCAGAGUCCUGGAUUGCUUCAAGGAUUUGCUUUUAUGCGGGUUUUGGGAUUGCUUGACUACUCAUACAGAAAUGGUCAGAACGUUUUUGGUUUGCAAUCCGUUUACGAAGCAAUGGUUAGCACUUCCUGUAGCUCCAGACAAGCCCAAGGGUUGUCGUUGGACGGUCUCCAGGUUAGUUUGUGAACCCCGCAUUUGUUUUGAUCUUGAUCUAGGACCAGAAGGAGGAAGCGAUGAGGACCAAAGUUCAUUCCUUGUUUAUUCGGAGUAUCGGUUCCGGGUGUUGUCUAUCUAUCAAGAUAGGACAUCAAUCAAACUCGACAUGUUUUGUUCCGAGUCUGGGGAGUGGACCAAAGAAGCUCUUAUUCUUGAUGGGUAUCGCUUACUCGAUUACAAAAAUGUAUGGUCCUGCAAUGGGGAGUUGUUUUGGUCUUGCGUUAAGGAUGAAGAAGGGGAUGAUCCAUUGCUUGCUUCGCUUAAUGCUUUUUGCCUUGAUACGCCUAUUGAUAUUUAUGCUUGUCCGCUCUUCGAGAAGACAAAGCAGUGGGAUCUUUCAAUCUCACAGGGUGCUCUGCACGUAAUUUUGCGCGAAAUGCAAACUGAAACUGUAAGCGUUUGGAGACGGGAAGAAGAUGGCAGGUCAUGGACGAUGCAAUGUGAAGGGUCGUUGAAGACGGGUACAUCAUCAUCAAUGUCUUACUUUGAUCUCAAAUACUAUUCUAUACUUAAUACUCAUCCAGAGAGGCCAGAAGUUGUUUACUUUACUUAUCAACCUCCUUAUAUCCUAGAUGGAGCUACCUUGUCCUACGAUCUGAAGCGGGGAGAAUUAGAGUACGUCAAUUUUAUAAUGCUAUAUACACCUCAUUGGACGGUGUUCCAACCUAGGGUCUCCUGCUGGCCUACUCCAAUUCCAAGGUACGAGGAAUUGCGAGGUAUCUACAAUGGGAAAAUGAGCUGGUUCAGAGUACCAAGCAACCACAACUCUCUCGAUACUGCUCAUCGAAACAAGUACACAAGAAAGAGGGACUCUGGGGUUGGUUUGAUUGCUGAACCGAUAGAGGAAUGCCAAUCCAGUAACCACGGUGUGGCAAGUCCUUGGGUACUGCUCACCGAAACAAGUGCAAAAGAUCAGCAAGAAAGCAGGGCUUUGGGGUUGGUUCGAUAGACGAAUGGCAAUCACACAACCAUGGAAUCGAUCAAUUAUACCCAGGCAGACGUUGCUUGCGAAUCAAGUAGGAUGAUUGGUAUUAGAAGACAUGUGAGUUGAAGGUGGGAAAUGAGACUACGCGUUGAUCAAUUGGUUUUGAGGGUGUUGGUUCAUGCACUACAGGCUAUGAUGAAGAACUGUGUUUUUGGUGUUUGCGAUUGAGAGAAGAAGGAGAUGAUGAUCAGAAAGCAAGAGUGCUGUUUCCUUAGCAAUUGUUGGAUGGUAGAAGUGGCAACUGCUAUCUAAUUGUGGCAUGGUGAUGAUUGUAUUGUUUUUGUUUAAGAUGGUUUUCAUUUCAGAUGAUAAUGUUAUCCGUACAAUGUGAAGUAGUUGCGGCUCUAGUCAAUCCUCCAGCAUUACCAUUCCCACCGGCAGUAGAUGUUAAUUAGCACUGGGGUUGAAAGUCGUGCGACGAUAAUUUAUUUAUGGUUUAUUUAUUGUAUUGUUGGUAAUUUAAUCUCAUGUACGAUAUAUGAUUUCCUUAUCGCUCUUCAAAUAAGGAUUCCAUUUGACA